AUGGCCGCGCCGGGGGCGCAGCAGCUGGACGCGGACGACGGCCUGAGGGCCUGCGAGCUCUACGUGCAGAGGCGCGGGGUCCAGCAGGCGCUGAAGGAGUGCAUCGUGCGGCUCUGCUGCCGGGCCGAGCGCCCCGUGCGGUUCCUGCGCGAGCACUUCGCGAGGCUGGAGAAGGAAGAAAACAGACAGAUCCUGGCUCAGCAGAAGCCGGCCUCGCAGGCGGACUUGCAGGAUGAGGAUGCGUCUCCGCUGCCGCCCAAUCCCGUGGUGAAGGCCCGGCACCCUCGCGGGGGCGUGAGCGCCGAGGUGUACACGGAGGAGGACGCGGUGUCCUACGUGCGGAAGGUCAUUCCUAAGGACUACAAGACCAUGGCGGCGCUGGCCAAGGCCAUCUCCAAGAACGUGCUCUUCUCGCACCUGGACAACAACGAGCGGAGCGACAUAUUCGACGCCAUGUUCCCCGUCACACACAUCGCCGGGGAGACCGUCAUACAGCAAGGGGACGAAGGGGACAACUUCUACGUGAUCGACCAGGGAGAGGUGGACGUGUACGUGAACGGAGAGUGGGUGACCAGCAUCAGUGAAGGCGGGAGCUUUGGGGAGCUGGCCCUCAUCUAUGGCACCCCCAGGGCAGCGACCGUGAAGGCCAAGACGGACCUCAAGCUCUGGGGCAUUGACCGGGACAGCUACCGGCGGAUCCUCAUGGGCAGCACGCUGAGGAAGCGCAGGAUGUACGAGGAGUUUCUCAGCAAGGUCUCCAUCCUGGCAUCCCUGGAGAAGUGGGAGCGUCUGACGGUGGCCGACGCCCUGGAGCCUGUGCGGUUUGAAGAUGGAGAGAAGAUUGUGGUCCAGGGGCAGCCCGGGGACGACUUCUUCAUCAUCACGGAGGGCGCGGCUUCGGUCCUGCAGCGCCGGUCCCCCAGCGAGGAGUAUGUGGAGGUCGGGCGCCUCGGGCCCUCUGACUACUUCGGGGAGAUCGCGCUUCUCCUGAAUCGGCCCCGGGCAGCCACGGUGGUGGCGCGGGGGCCCCUCAAGUGCGUGAAGCUGGACCGGCCCCGUUUUGAGCGCGUGCUGGGGCCCUGCUCCGAGAUCCUCAAGAGAAACAUCCAGCGCUACAACAGUUUCAUCUCGCUCACGGUCUGA